UGGAGAAAACUAUAAAAUUGAAUAUUGUUGUGCAUACAGUCUCUUAGUUGUGCAGUUACUGUUUGCUAGGAAAGGGUCAAUUAGCUGAACGUUCUAUGCUGCUCACAUCCACACAACACUAUCAGCUCAAAGAGGACAGACUAAAACUCCAGCCUCAAAACAGGAGAAUUCUUACAGCUUCUUCAAAUAUUGUACUCCUGGUGAGGACCCAUGGUGAGGUAUGAGACAUGGAUCUUCUGGCUGUCGGCUCACCACGAGAAGUCAUUGAGAAGGUGUCUAAACACCUGGGCUGCAGCCCUACAUCACGUGAAGUGGCUGAAUAUUUUGACGAGCAUGACGAGCUGAGACAUCUGCGUCAGGAAUUCCUUGUCCCGAAGGUUGCUGGGCUUCCACCAUCUGAUCUGUCACUCGUGGAUGGUUCGGAAGACUGCAUUUACUUUGCGGGUAACUCUCUUGGACUACAGCCCAAAAAUGUGAAAAAGUAUAUUGACGAGGAGUUGGAGAAAUGGGCCAAAACAGGAGCCCAUGGUCAUAUAAUGGGGUCACGACCUUGGGCCUGGGCUGAGAACAAUCUAGAGGAUCUCAUGGCAAAGCUUGUGGGUGCUAAAGCAGAGGAAGUUGCUUUGAUGAAUGGCCUGACAGUUAACCUACACCUUCUGAUGCUUGCUUUUUACCAGCCCACCGCAAAACGCCACAAAAUCCUCCUGGAGGACAAAGCCUUUCCGUCUGACCAUUAUGCUGUGGAAUCUCAGAUACGGCUACGGGGGUUUGACCCCAGCAAAAGCAUGCUCCUCCUUAAACCCAGAGAGGGAGAGGACACCCUGAGGACAGAGGACAUUGUGUCUACGAUAGAGCGAGAAGGACACUCCAUCGCUCUGGUGAUGCUCAGCGGAGUCCAGUACUAUACUGGGCAGCUCUUCAAUAUGGAGGUCAUCACCAAAGCAGGCCAGGCCCAGGGCUGUUAUGUGGGAUUUGAUUGUGCGCAUGCAGUGGGUAAUGCUGAACUGCGACUGCAUGACUGGGGAGUAGACUUCGCUUGCUGGUGCACAUAUAAGUAUGUGAACUCUGGAGCUGGUGGUUUGGCAGGAGCGUUUGUACAUGAGAAACAUACGGACACGGUCAAACCCAUUCUGUUGGGUUGGUGGGGGCACAAACUGAGCACUAGAUUCCAAAUGACCAAUGAAAUGGACCUGCAGCCUGGAGUGAAUGGAUACAGACUUUCUAAUCAACCCAUUUUGCUGGUGUGCCCCCUACAGGCCAGUCUAGAGAUCUUUAACCAGACCUCCAUGAAGGAUCUGAGGAAGAAGUCCAUCCUAUUGACUGGCUAUCUGGAAUACCUUCUCAAGCACUACUACAGCAGGGAUAAGUCAGACCCUCAUAAGCCCCACGUCCAUAUCAUCACUCCCAGUAACCCAGCUGAGAGAGGCUGCCAGCUGUCCCUCUCUUUCUCCCUGCCCAUCCGAGCUGUCUUUAAGGAGCUGGAGAAGAGAGGAGUCACUUGUGAUAUGAGGGAGCCCAGCGUGCUGCGUGUAGCUCCUGUUCCUCUCUACAACUCCUUCACCGACGUCCACCGUUUUAUCACUGUGCUGGAAUCUGCCCUGGCUGCAAACAAUGUCCAGCACGGCUGAACUCUGCAAUCCACUGACCAAGGAGCUGUCCAGUAACACACUGACCUGCACUGGGCAUUGGUUGAAGGAUUUUUACAAAAACAUAAUAACACUACAGUCAUUCAACGGAAACAGGACAAUUUGCAUCCCUUACAUAUAUUUUAAAUAGUAAAAUCAUUACAGAUCUGAGAAACUUUUUCUUUAUAAAUACAUUUAGGGAUCAUUUACAUUGAUGAUCACUGAGUGCGUUUACAGGCAGUCAAUAAUCUGAUCAUAAUCACAUUUCUGCAGUUAUCUGAUCAAUCACAUGGUCGUGUAAACAGCAUGGUCCAAUUUCUUAGAUUGGAGUAAGGUCUAGAAAUCCGAUCAAGAAAUCCGAUAAGAAGAGUCGGAUUUUAGCUCAGUUAUCAGAUUUCUCAGUGCAUGUAAACUCUUACUCUGAUUUCUUUCUGAUUUCUCAGUCUGCGCAUGUGCGAAAACAGACGGCGGUACCGAAAAUAAGCCAGCAGUGUUGCCGCGAGACGCAACAAAACACUUUUGGAGCGGCGCUGAAACCAAAUACAUGCUUGAGAAAAUAACGGAUUUAAAUAGUCUUCUGUGAGUUAAUUGGCUGGUUGCAAAGCAGAAAUCUAAUUACUGCCUGACUCAUGUAGACCUGGAGUUUCACAUUAUCUGAUUACUCAAAUGCAUGUAAACACACUAAUCGAAUUACUGACAAAAUCUGAUUUUCUGCAGUGAUCGGAUUAUUAAGUGCACAUAGACACACUAAUCGAAUUACUGACAAAAUCUGAUUUUCUGCAGUGAUCGGAUUAUUAAGUGCAUGUGAACACACUCAUUGUUUUGGCCCUCAGGUCUGUUUAUGCUGCUGUUGAAAAAUUUCAAAUUCAAAACCUAUUAGCGCUGUUUAAGUGCACUAAAGUUUCCUUGCCAUGAAAAGUUUAACUCAACAGUAAUAACUGAGUAAAUUUUUUAUGUAAAAAAAACUUUCUUUGCAUCCCCAGACCCUAGGUCAGCCUUGUUACAGUAAAUAUGUCAGCAUAUUUAUAAAAUCCACACAAUAAUAAAAUUAGAUUGACUCAGGAAACAACAAUGGUUGAUCUGCUAAAGAACAUGGCAGAAUGUAAAAUAAGAAGUUUGUAAGAUUUUUUGUCCAUUUUAAUUUUUUCUUCGUUAUAGAUAGGCAUGUCCAUAAAACUGGAGCCCUGUAGCUUUAUUAAAUAUUUGCUGAUAUAAUACUUUUUACAUCAUCCCCAUUUUAGGUGCUCACCAGACGCCCAGACGCCUCCCUGGUGAUGCUCUGCCAGGCCUUUACUGCAGCUGUCUUCAGCUCCUCCUUGUUCUUGGGGUGUUUUACCUUCAGUUUUGCCUUCAGUUUGAUUGGAUUGAGGUCAAGUGACAGCUACAGAAUAUUCCACUUAGAAAGUCUUGGGUUGCUUUUGCAGUAUGCGUUGGUUCAUUGUCCAUCUGCGCUGUGAAGUGCCGUCCAGAGUUUUGAAGAAUUCGGCUGAAUCUGAGCCAGUAACAUAGCCAUACACGUCAGAAUUCAUUUUGCUGACCUUUGUCAGCAGCUACAUUAUCAUCAAAUACAAGGGAAACAGUUCUAUUGGCAGAUAUACAUGCCCACAUCAUAACACUGCCUCCAGAAUGCUUGAAAGAAGAGGUGACAGGCAUUGGAUCAUAAGCAGUUGUUUCCCUUCUCCCUGCUCUUCAAUUCCCAUUAUUCUGAUACAAGCUGAUCUUUGUCUCAUCUGUCCAUGAGAUGUUGUUCCAGAACUUCAUCUUCAAUAUGCUGUGGUUGACAGGUAAAAUAACAGUAACUGCCCAAAUAGUUACAGUUCUGGCUAUACGUUUUGAAUCUGGAUUUUAAAAUGGCAUGCAUUUUCAGAGUUUUAGGUGCCAUUAAGAAAAUGAGCCUCCACCAACUCAGCUGUGAGAGAUCCUAGCUUGCAGUAAGCCUGCCUCAGCUCAGCAAAGUAGUCUGGACGGGCUAAACAUCUCACAAGAUCAUUAAAAUAUGUGGGAGCCAGGCCAUUAAGGGCUUUAAAUGUCAUAACGAAGGCCUUGUAUUGAAUGCCAAGCUUAAAAGGAAGCCAUGGAUGAAGUAUUAAUUUAUGCACAAUGAUGGGAUAUUCUUUGUUCAUGACCACAUGGGCACCAUAUGGCUGAUUUAAGCUGCAGACCUCAACCUUAUUACCAUCAGCCUUAAUGCCAACCAAUAGGCAAAAUAAUAGUUGACAAUUCCAAAAUGUGUGGGGGUGCAAACUGUCCACUGUUUGUAGAUUGACCUACUGAAGUUCAGAUAGUGAUGAAUGUAACAAGUUGCUCCAUCAUGCUGGUGUACAGUUAGAAGCUUUAGCCCAUUUUUUUGAUGCACUAAUUCUCUAUUCUUUAGCUCUUUAUCAAUAGUAUGUUUCUGACCACAGAGGCACUCAUUGCUGGACUUUUUUGGGUGGUGGACCAACCUAGUAGUGACACUGAUGUGUGCAAAGCCCCCAGAAACACUCAUACACCAGUAUUAGCAUCACACACUUUGUCCUCUACUCAAAUAAUAUCCGGUCAACACUGGUCCUGUGGAGAGAAACUGACCAACGAUUAAUGGAGUACAGGGCAAAUUAUGAAUGACAAUGGAUUGGUUACACUGUGUAAUUUUAUACACAGUAUAUUAUAUUAUUAAUAUAUACAAUAUAUUAGACUUUGUGUAUUUCAGUUAAGCUACUGUAUCCCUACAAUACCUCCAGACAGUCCAGUUUACAUGUCAUACCGUUGUAUGCAAAAGUUUGUCGAUCCCUGGUCAAAUUAGUUAACACAUCCUCAACAGGGAGCUUCUGCAAACUUUAACGCAUAGUUGCAGUUUAUUUCCAGAAAUUAACAAAAACAAAAAAAAAAGACUAUAAAAUAUAUCCUGUGCAAAAGGCAGUAUUUUAUGUUAUACUAGGCAAAUAAAUCAAAUUUAGGAAUUUGUGCACUAAAAUUUGCAGAAAAAUGGCAUAUUGAAGUGUGUUCUCUGCAGAGGAUGUGUUAACUUAUUGUAACUUACAAAAGGGAACAAACGUGUAUUUCACUAGGAGUGUUCAAACUUUUGCCUACAACUACAUAUGGGAUUUCCAUCCAUAUCUAUGAAGGUAUUCAUCAUAAGCAAGUUACAAGAACUCCACAAUAUCAUUAAUGAUGGAAUAAGGUUGAUGUACACCUGUUAGAAAAGUAAGCUAAUCACAAUAAAGUAUAAUUAAUGAUGAGAAAUUACAGUGUGCAUUCAUAUGGUAAGUACUGAAUUUCAAAAAUAUUCACUGGGUAUAUGAAGGUUAUUAGCCUGAAGAGAAUAACUAUCAUCACUGUCAGAACAAAACCUUGUAUCUUAAUUAUUUGUAUUAUUAUUUUUUUUAAUGCUGCUGUUUACAUUGUGUCAAAAUUACAUGAUGAACGGGCCAGUAGAAACAGUCCAGAAUGACUUGGAAUGAGGUAUUUUUAUCUUAACUUACAUUGAAGGGUAAGAACAUUUUUCCUUCUCCUGUGAAGUUACCAUUUCAGAGAUACACGGUUUUGGUCCGACAGUAACAGUAUGCUCUUUAUUUCAUGGAUGUAGCGCCUAAUAUUGUACAACACUGUCAGAUCUGAAAUCUUCUUUUUGUAGAACAAAUUUUCAUGUGAAACAUAAGCACAUUAGAUAUGAUGAGGGUGUUGAAAUGAGACCUUUAGGCACAGAUUCUAUCAACACAGAGCGCUUGAUUAAUUUAAUUAACAAUGAAGCAAACACCACAGUGGAUGGGUGAUAGCAGAAUGUAAUGAAAGCAUAUUUAAUGACUGUAUAUGUAUCAAUUUUUCUAUUUCAUCAACUUUUUCUCUGGUGGAUUUUUAGUAUUAUGGUGAAUAUUUGGUCAGAAACCAGGAUGUAAUUUCAAACUGGACCCUGAUGUUUCCUUCUGAAGGGACUGGCAAUGCUUCAUUAGCACAACAGUAGACGAUAGAUGGCACUGAACAUUCUAGAUAUGAUUUAGCUGUUUUUUUCAGUUAACAAAUACAUUUUUUCAGUGCUUUUUUGUUUUAGUGACAGUUUUCCUUGAUGGAAAAUGUAUAAAAUGUAUAAAUGUAUAAACUUUAGUACUUACAGGUGAUUUUCACACUUUGUGUAGAAGAACUACAAAAUGACAACAUCUCCCAAAAGGACAACUGAUGCACUAUUGCUAAAAUGAGCUGACUAUUUGAGAUAUUUAGAUAUUUGGGACAACAAUGAACUAUCAGCAAGAAAUUUAGUCUAUUUUUUGAAUCAGUUCUUAUUCUAUUAAACUGUCAUCAUUAUUAAACUUCUUACUGUCUAA